CGUAAUUUCCUGUAUUUUAAAUAUGGCGGAUAAACGCAUGAACAUGUCUUACAGGGUUUGAAGCUUAUUAAAGUUAUUUUAUAUGGUUACAUUGCUGCUGACAAGAGGACAUACCUGGUCACACAAAAUGGUUCCACUAUGAGCAGCAGGAGGAAGCGCGCGCCGCCGGUGCGCGUGGACGAGGAGGCCAAAAGGAGACUCAACUGGAAUAUGCUUGAAGAUCGGAGGGAUGAAGGUGAUCUUGAAGACAUUCAGGAGUCAUUCCCAGCACCAUCUGACAGCUGUCUGGUUGGACCAUUGCUUGAGAGUUUUAUAUCUUCUGCAGAAGGGCCAUCAGAACAGGAACCAAGUUGCUCCACACAGGACUCCAGAUACCAUAGAACUGUUCCAGAUACCAUAGAACUGAAUGUGAUGCCCCUGUCUGCUCUGGAUCAGGGGUGGAAUGUGCUGAUUGGAGAGUUUAAACUUUAUCCAAAGAUUCCCAUUGUGUUUGGAGAUGGUGCCUUAUACCUCCAGCAAACAGGUGCCAGACUAAGUUUGAGUUUUAAUUGUAAUGAGCUGGGUGAUAAGGUCAGCAGGGAUCCAAUUAUCCCUGUGCCUUUUGAUUGUUACUUUGGUGGAUUAUUGUUGGAGGAUCUGGAUUGGCUUCAGAAGAGGAAGAUUAUUAAACUGUGCCACAUGUCAGGAAAUGGAUCUUUGAAGCUAAAAGUUUUUCUAUUUGAGUCUGGGCUGAGAAGACCAGAAUUCCUCAGUGAAGGAAAUGGGCGCAUUAGAAAAGCCAAUCAACUUUUGCAGAAAUUAAUGGAAUUCUUCUACGACUUUAUCAUCCCAGAGGUGAUUGAAAAUGAAGAGGAAGAGUGUGACACUGAUCUAGAGCGUCAGAAUGUUGAGGAGCUGUAUGAUUAUGUCAGGCACCUCCACCAGACAGAGGCAGCGGAGCAGAGCUUUGAUGUCCAACAUCCUGGACUCAUCCCAGUGCUAAGACCCUAUCAGAGCCAGGCAGUCAACUGGAUGCUGAAGAAAGAGAAGUAUAAAAACAUCAGCUUCAAAGAGCAAAGGUUGCAUUUUCUUUGGAGAGAAGUAGUCACAAUCUGUGGCAAAAAACUCUUUUACAAUCCUUACACUGGAUGCUUGAUCCGAGAGUUUCCCCUGGCUGGAGUGGACUGGCCUGGGGGAAUCCUUGCUGAUGAGAUGGGGCUUGGGAAAACCGUGGAAGUACUGGCCCUAAUUCUAUGUAAUACCCGGCAAAACCUAGAGCACGGUGCUCUCACUUUACCUGUGGGACGAUCUGUGAAUUACUUUGUCCCUCCACCUCAAUUAGAGAGACAAAGAACAAUUAAACAUGAGGUGAGACCCAAGGAGAAGAUCAUCCUUUUAGCUGUUCGUGGGAUGCUGUUGACAGCGAUUAAAGAAAUGAAGGUUGGGAAAGGUGCAUCAGUGAAUGCCAUUUUUACUUAUCUAAGAAACAUGUACAAGUACGACACCUUGAAGAACCGGAACCACAUAAAGAAAAUCCUGACCAAGCUCAUUAGUGAGAACAUUGUGGAGCAGGUCAAAGGACGUGGGUUAGCAGGAUCCUUCAAACUGGGGAAGAACUACAAAGAAAAAAAGAAAUCAGCAAAUGCUCGAACUAAGUCAAUUGAGAACGUUACUCCCAGGAGGACAUCUCGUCGGGUUUCUGUUCAGGAGAAAGAGGCAUCAGUGACCUCCUACACCACAGCAUUUGAUUCUGAAGAUACAGUAAGCAGUGUGGAACCGCCUCUCCUCACAAAUGAACUAAAGUGUAAAACCCUUCUGGAGCCCAUGAAACCAAGUGACCAGAGCAGCACUAACACUUAGCACCCACAGCGCAAGAUGCCAAUAGACAUCACUGAUGAAUAUGAACCCAAAAAAGAAACAACAGAAGACUGUGGAAGUCUCUAUAUUGAGAGUACUGAAUCAGAACUUUCCCAAAGUUCUCAACCAGAACCCGAAACCCCAACUAGAGCAUCUGUGGUCCCGUUCAAUACAUCGGAUUACCGCUUCGAGUGCAUCUGUGGAGAGCUCGGUCUUGUGGACUAUAAAGCUCGAGUCCAGUGCCUGAACUGUCUGCUCUGGCAGCAUGCUGAGUGCGUCAAUUACAAAGAGGAGAACCUGGAAACGACCCCGUUCUAUUGCCCACACUGCUUAGUAGCCAUGACCCCUGUGUCCACUGGUGCCACCCUGAUCAUAUCUCCCAGCUCCAUUUGUCACCAGUGGGUGGAUGAAAUUAACCGGCACAUUCACACUUCCUCCCUCAGAGUGCUGGUAUAUCAGGGUGUGAAGAGACACGGUUUUAUCCAGCCCCACAUUCUGGCUGAACAAGAUGUUGUCAUCACCACCUAUGACGUGUUGCGCACUGAACUCAAUUACGUCGACAUCCCUCACAGCAAUAGCAAAGAUGGCCGCCGAUUCCGCAACCAGAAGCACUACAUGGCCAUACCAAGCCCUCUAGUGGCCGUGGAGUGGUGGCGCAUUUGUUGGGAUGAAAUGGUGGAGUGCACUACAGCCAAGGCUGCAGAAAUGGCUUUGCGCCUCGCAUCUGUUAAUCGUUGGUGUGUCAGUGGAACACCUGUGCAGAGAGGUUUGGAAGAUUUGUAUGGUCUUGUCCUGUUCUUGGGUGUUGAUCCUUACUGGGUUAAGUAUUGGUGGUACAAGUUACUCUAUCGCCCAUACUGCCAUGGCAAUACGGGACCACUCUACAGUGUCAUUGGUCAACUACUAUGGCGAUCUGCCAAAAAAGAUGUAAUUGAUCAGAUCCAGAUUCCCCCUCAAGCAGAAGAGAUCCACUGGCUCAACUUCUCCCCAGUAGAAGGACACUUUUACCAUCGCCAGCAUGAGGUUUGCUCCCAGGAUGCUCUUCUCAAGUUAAGAAAGAUCUCUGAUUGGUCGCUGAAGCUGGGCAGUUUGGACAGACGCACUGUCACUACUAUACUAUACCCACUUCUACGACUACGCCAGGCUUGCUGCCAUCCGCAAGCUGUCAGGGGAGAAUUCCUGCCUUUCCAGAAAAGCACAAUGACUAUGGAGGAGUUAUUGAAGUCCCUGCAGAAGAAAUGUCGUGUGGAGUGUGAAGAGGCUCACAGGCAACUGGUGUGUGCUUUCAAUGGUCUGGCUGGAAUCCAUAUCAUCAGAGGUGAAUUUGUGGAUGCUGCAGAGAUGUACAGAGAAGUCUUACGAUCAUCUGAAGAACAUAAAGAAAGACUGAAAACUGAUUCCCUUCAGAGGCUUCAUGCUACCCACAAUCUGAUGGAACUUCUUAAUGCAAAGCAUCCUGGGAUACCUCCAACACUGAGAGAUGACAGUCUAAAAGAAGAGGCUGAACGGCUAAAGCAGCAUUACAUGGCUAAGGUGAACUCAGAGGUUUCUGAAGCACAUCAGAACCUACAACCUGUUCUUCAAAACAUUAAAGAGCUAAAACGCAAGGUGAACCUUCGCUCCCCCUGGUGGCUGGACAUCAUACAACAGGCAAUGCAGUACUUCAUUGACGAUGACCUUGUCAGCCGCAUCCAAAAUGAGCUCACCUGCAGUUAUAAACAACAAGCCAACAAGCUCUCAUUGGCAGACAAGUUUCAUGAUGGCCGUGGUCUCCAGUUUCUUCUCAGCACUCAAAUAGACGAUUUGAUCAAAUCACAGAAAACCGUCCAGGAUGCUGUUAAGAAGCUGGAGGGGCCGCCUUCGCAACAAGUCAUUGAGGAAACAACACUUUGCCACCUGCGGCCCAUUCGGCUGCCACUGAACAACUGUGUAUUUUGCAAAGCGGAUGAACUUUUUAUAGACUACGAGUCAAAACUGUUUUCUCACACGGUAAAGGGGCAGACGGCCAUCUUCGAGGAGAUGAUUGAAGAUGAGGAGGGGCUGGUUGAUGACCGACUCCCCACAACCAGUCGAGGUCUCUGGGCGGCCAGUGAGACAGAACGAGCCCUUAAAGCCAUCCUGUCUUUUGCCAAAGUACGCCGCAUGGAGUCUGGCCUGAUAGAGGAGGGAAACACCUUCAUGGAGCUCUUUGAGUCCUGGAAAAAAGAAUAUAAGCUGCUGCAUGAGUACUGGAUGUCGCUGCGAGAUCACGUGUCGGCCAUCGAUGAACUGGGUAUGGCCACAGAAAGGAUGCGUGUGCGAUUACCUGAUGAACCCAAACAAAAGGUUCUGCAUAUCAUAGAACAGCACGAGGUGGAACAGAACAGAAUAAAGCUGUUGAAUGAUAGGGCAGUGGCCAAAUCACAACUACAGAAGAAACUUGGACAGUUUCUCUACCUCACAAAUCUGGAGAAGUCGCAGGAUAAGUCCACAGGCAGCCUGGAUCCAGAACCAUGUCCUAUCUGCGCUCGCCCGCUGGGUCAGGAGUGGGCCGUACUGACCUGUGGACACUGUUUCUGUAACGAGUGUAUUUCCAUCAUUGUGGAGCAGUACAGUGUCGGUAAUCGACGGAGAGCUAUAAAGUGCGCCAUAUGCCGACAAAACACAUCGCAUUCAGAGAUCUCGUAUGUCUUUACAACUCAGAGUGCAAACCAGGGCCAGGACAUGCCUGUUAAGGGUAGCCACUCCACGAAGGUCGAAGCUGUGGUUCGAGUCCUAAAGAAAAUCCAGAUGACCGACCCGGGAGCCAAGUCUCUUGUGUUCUCCACGUGGCAAGGAGUCCUGGACAUCAUUGCAAAAGCCCUUUUCGACAAUAACAUGGAGUUUGCACAGAUCAACGGAAUUCACAAAUUUCAGGAGAACCUGAGUGCUUUCAAAUACGAGGAGAAGAUCAAUAUCCUACUGCUGCCACUUCACACGGGUUCAAACGGCCUGAACAUCAUUGAAGCGACACACGUGCUGUUGGUGGAGCCCAUUCUAAACCCCGCCCAUGAGCUUCAAGCCAUUGGAAGAGUGCACCGGAUUGGCCAGACCAAACCCACAUUUGUUCAUCGGUUUCUGAUAAAGUCCACCAUUGAGGAGCGGAUGCAAGCCAUGCUAAAAACAGCAGAAAAAAGUCACAGCUCCACGCCCAUGAAGCAUUCGGAGGCCUCUGUAUUUACAGUAGCAGACCUGGCCGAGCUGUUCACAGAAGACGGCGAGACUCUUGAGUAAACUCUGAUACUACAUGCACAACUAAACCUGUCAGUCUAAAGGCCCGUGAUGGUGAACACUACAAUAAUACCAGCCGCGUCACUCUAGCACUCUACUAUACGUUUGCUUUACACAUUCCCCUUUUUAUAUGGUCUGUUCUAUGGUGUUAUUUAUUAUACUAAAUGUGGAAAAGAAAAUUAGUUGGCGGUACCCUUUAACAGUGUAUCCCUGUUUUAUCUGCAGUAGAAUGUUUCAUUGAUUUGUUCACAAGUCUUAUUUUUUUUAAUGCCUUUAUGAGCAUAAAUAAAUGUUUUUUUUUUUAAAUAUGGUUUUAAUAGUCAAAUAAGCUGUGCUGAAAAAUAAGAAUACUUUUGUAAUAUUCUGUACAGUGGAUUGGUUUUAACUUAAGCACCCAUGUGAUUUUAGCAUUUAUGCGAUUUGUCUUAUCACAAAUGUUUUAUAAGAAUCCCACAGAAAUAUCAGAUUGAUCACAAUUUGUAAAUCUUUGUUGUAAAGUUGUUCAAAAUAGAUGAAAAAAACAAAACAAUUUGUGAUGUCUUAAGAAGGAAUUACGCACUUGUCCUGUUUUCUUUUGUUAUAGAGGCUAUUUUGGUUUUAUAGUUUAAAACUUACUUUUUUCCAUGAUGCUUAGGAAGGAAGUUGUUUGACUUUAUGGCAUGAAGCUUUGUCCGAGUGCCUUCUGUUCAGGCACUCCAUUCAGUGGACUGUCUGCGGAAAGUUGUAGCAGACCAUUUAAAACAAUUUAGCUGGUGCUAUUUGCAGGACAAAAGACACAUGAUUCAAUGUCCAUAAAAUGCACUUGUAAAAAGUAAAUCCAGAAAGUAAAAGAAAAAAAGAGCACUUUCUUUGUCAUAGAAGUACCACACUCUUUAAAAAAAAAAAAAAAGCCUUUGCAAUAUCUUUCUCAUUAGUCCAUUUUGUGAUAACCCAAAUACAGUGUUUACAUUAUAUUAGUUUUUAACUGAAUAUCUCAAUGAAAAAAAAAAAACUUAAGAGAUGUCAAAAGAGAGAGAAAAUCACCCAACAAAUCUUUUCUGUUCAUUAAUAUACAGAAAGUGCUAUGUGUUGAAUAUUUAAGUUUAUAUUUGUGUAGUUCGCAAUACGAAAAAUGUAUCUCUCAAAGAUAUCCCUUUCAAAAGGGAAAUGGGUAUUGAAUGUACACUUUUAUUCAUUUUAACAGAAUAAUGCAAUGAAAAAAAAAUCUAUAGACUUCAAUAGAGGGAAGAUGAACCAAAUAAAUAUUCUGUAUACUAAAGUGCCAUUUAUUGGAUUUUUCAGUUUACAUUUGUGUAGUAUGCAAUAUGAAAAAUGUAUCUCUUAAAGGUGUCCCUUUCAAAAGGUAAAUGGGUAUUGGAUGUGCUCGUUUAUUUAUUUAUUUGAUCCCCUUUUCUCCCCAAUUUGGCAUGCCCAAUUCCCACUACUUACUACAUCCUCACGGUGGUGGAGGACAAGUCUCAGUUGCCUCCGCUUCUGAGACGGUCAGUCUGUGCAUCUUAUCACGUUGCUUGCUGUGCAUGACACCGCAGAGACUCACAGCAUGUGGAGGCUCAUGCUAUUCUCCGCGAUCCACGCACAACUUAACACGCACCCCAUUGAGAGCGAGAACCACUAAUCGCGACCACAAGGAGGUUACCCCAUGUGACUCUACCCUCCCUAGCAACCAGGCCAAUUUGGUUGCUUAGGAGACCUGGCUGGUGUCACACAGCACACCCUGGAUUAGAACUCGCGACUCCAGGGGUGGUAGUCAGCGUCAGUACUCGCUGAGUUACCCAGGCCCCUCUUUUAGUCAUUUUUAACAGAAUAUAGCAAUUAAAAUGUAUAGAUUGCAACAAAGAGGGAAAAUGAACCAAAUCAAUAUUUUCUGUUACUACAGUAAGUGCUGUUUAUGGAAUAUUUCAAUUUACAUUUUUGUAGUUUGUUAUAUGAAAAAUAUAUCUCUCAAAGGUGUCCCUUUCACAAGGAAAAUGCUUAUUGACAGUGCCCUGAAAUUCACACUUUCAGCCAUUAAUUUCAAUGGCAUAAUCUUUUUGUUUUAAGUUUUGCAUCUCAAGAUCUCCCUCACAAGGUUGAAGGCAUGACCUUUCCUUCUGUUCAAACAGUCUUAAAGACAUCAACUCCAUGGCAAAGGUGUCAGUGACUGCCCUUGACUCAGUGUGACGGGAUUUCUUUUCAGUACUGUCAUUGGGGUUCCCGAAACAGUAAAGACUUUGCCAUGCCCUUUAAAACCCCAUACAGACAAAAGAGUCAGAUAAAACAAGUCACCACCCCUGUACUUCUGUUCCUUUUGCAUGGCAAACAAACUCCUUGUCGACCAACGCACUAAGACAGUGUAGUGCGCUGUCUGCUAAGUGGGUUGUCAGUAGUAUUUUUUUCAGCUUUUGCCCAAAGUCUAGUUGGAUGUUGUUAUCUUGGACUGCCCCCAGCUUGUCCUAUUAAUUUGUGGAAUCUCA